AUGUCCCUGUGUCUGAUGGAUCUGUAUCCGAGUGCUGGGUUCUUCACGUUCGCGCCGAUGCAACAGGGCAGUAAUUACACGUGGCUUUUACUGUGCGUCGUGCUUCCGGCCCUUUCGCAGGCGGCCAUCGCCUACGAGUGCACGAUGCAAAAGCUGCACGAAGAAACUUACUGCGUGUUUCGGAACGUGGUCUACGAUGGGAGCACCGCGGCCGAGUUCAAAUCGGGGGCUGCCAAAAAAGUACAGCAGGUUGCCUUUGAGGACAGCAGCUUGGUGCACUUGCCGAAAGAACUGCUGAGUGCGUUCCCGGAUCUACGGGCAUUGUACGUGGCCGGCACCAAUCUCACCACCGUGGUCAUCCCGAGUAAAUUGGAGCGACUAUACGCGUCUAAUAACUACAUCACCAAAGUGAUUGUCCACCAGGCGGCGACCAAUACGCCGAUGACCGAGCUCAUGCUCGAUUCGAACCGGCUACGGGACAUUUCGAACCUGACGCGGCUCACGAACCUGGAAAUACUGAACCUCAGCGGCAACGAGGAGCUCGCCAAAGACUCCACCAUCGAUCUGGGGGAUUUCGGGGGCCUCACCAACCUGCGCCAUCUGUUGCUGUCCGAUGUCGGCGCGUUUUACGUGGAAAACGAACGCGACGUCAGCCUGCCGGAGCUAGAGUUGCUGGACCUGUCCAACAACAAUCUGGUGACCACCAACUUGGUGGUGAAAGUGUUCGCCCCGCUGCGAAAGCUGAAGAUCCUGCGCCUGGCCCACGACAAGCUGACGGAUCUGGACGCGAUGGGUUUGACGAAAAACAACGACCUGGCGGAAAUCUACCUAGAAGGUAACGAUUUCCCUUGCGACUUCCAGGCCCGGUUGCUGGAGCACUUUCAGAAGGCCCAAGUCGAGACACCCGUCGUCCACAAGCAGAGUCGUUGCAUGCUCGAGUACGAGAAGCAAAACGACAUGUGCUGCCGGUCGACCUUCACGGACAAGUCCAUGUUCACGACAAGGCCAAAUGCGACAUCGGGUUCCGGUGUUGUACCAACGAACACCAGGGGCAACUUGGGAGGCAUCACCGGGUCGAUGGACCAGGACCCAUCGACAACAACAACCACGCGCGUCCCGAUGACGCCAAAAGUGGGCAGUAUCGCCACCAUCACGUUGGGCAACAGUUUGUUGAGCCUGCUGGGCUUAGUGGUGGCUGCGAAGUUAAUCCGCUUCUAA